AAAAUCUAUUUGGUUUCAACAGGUGGACCUCAGUUGUCACUAAUAUAAGUGCACAUCAGAGUUCUGUUUAGAGAAAAUGUUUGGAGUUGCUCAAAUUAGUCCCCUGGAUGAACCCCUCCCUUCACCAACACAUUUAAUUUGUAAGACAUUGUAAGUGCAUUAGCUUAAUCCCGCCUAUCUGGCUUGCAGCGCGCCAAGCAUUUCAGUGAACUCAAGCAUGCACUGAGGAGCUGAAGAUGGAGCUGCACACACAGGCAUUCUCUACCUGUCUUUGACCUAAGAUGAAGAUAUUGCCAAACAUCUAGUAGCCUGAUUUGGAGGACUUGUUAAGGACAAUGUCGAGAUUCAGCAUGCAUGUGUGGAUGUUAUGGUUGCUUUAUGCAGGCACUUUCUCCGACGAGGAUGUCAGUGGGUGUGAACAGCAGCCAUGCCAAAAUGGUGGUGUAUGUGAAAGCCACAUUGAAGGUUUCAGAUGCCAUUGCUCCCAACAAAGCCAGAACGGGCGCCUGUAUGGGGGAGGGACCUGCACAACUGCACUUUCAGGCUGUGAUGAUAACCAGUGCGAGAAUGGGGGAAUAUGCUCUCCCUUACUUGUCAAUGACCAGCACACUUAUACAUGCAUCUGCCUUGCUGGCUUCACAGGCCCUAAAUGCCAGACCCCCACCGUCUUCUCAUUUGAGUCCCGAGGCUACAUGUACAUCGAGACUCAGCUUUUAGAUCCAGAGGCUCCUCUUAAUGUGACAUUCAGCUUUAGGUCAGCAAGACCAGUUGGCACCCUCUUGCAGCGCAGAGUGGACGACCUUCUCCUCAGCAUUGAGCUGAUGGACGGGCAUCUCUGCCUCCGUAGCCUAAGAGGUCAAGGCUCCAGCACGCUGGUUCAGGAGCUGCCAGAGUACUUGUCCAACAACAGGUGGCACACGGUGGAAGCGUCGCUGGGUGGCGUGGUCAGUCUCAUCAGGCUGCACUGCACUGAAGGAAGCUGCUCCAGAGACUCCAGCACUAAAGUCCAGCUGCUCGAACAAGCCUCUGCUCUCCCCAAGCCAGGAACAGUUCGUCAGAGCCUCUUCAUAGGAGCAGUCGGGGGUAACUGGGGUUUGGGCAGAGCAGAGGAUGAAGCGGACCACCCGCCUGCUUUUCUGGGCUGCUUCAGAGAUGUGUUUGUGGACUCACAUCUGGUGUUGCCUGUUAUUGUGCCGGAAGAUUCAGACGCCCAGGCAAACAUCACUGCAGGAUGCAGCGACAAAGACAAGUGUGAUGACAGCCCGUGUCAGAACCGGGGCCGCUGUGUGAGCCAGGGCUGGAGGAGCUACGUGUGUGAUUGCCACAGGCCGCAUGAGGGAAGCAACUGUGAAGAGGAUUACAUCACUGCAAGGUUUGGAAACAAAGACCUGGAGAGUUAUGCUUCCUUCUCGCUAGACGAUGACCCAGGUGAUCCUGUGACUAUAUCCAUGUUCAUUCGCACCAGACAGUCAAGCGGCCUGCUCCUAAUCCUGGCCAACAGCACCAGCCAGUACCUCCGCAUGUGGCUGGAAGAGGGCUGGGUCAAAGUUCAGGUCAACAACUUUGAGACCCUUGCUGGUCGGAGUGAGGUUAGUGACGGCCAUUUCCAUCUGGUGACUCUAAAGCUGGAAGCAAUGGAAGCCAUCUUGUUCCAGUCAGCCCAGAACCAGGGCUCUAUGCACAUUAGGCCAAUCCAGGCCCAUCCUGGAGAUCAGGUUUUUGUUGGGGGGCUACCAGACUCAAGGGCCACUGCCUCGUUUGGUGGCUACUUUAAGGGAUGUGUCCAGGAUCUGAGGAUUAACAGCAAACGGCUGCAGUUUUAUCCCAUUACAACUCUAGUGGAAUCUUACAGCCUGGAGCAACUCAUCAACGUUGCACAAGGAUGCAGCAGUGACAAUGCCUGUGCUGUCAACCCCUGUCUCAACGGAGGAGUGUGUUACUCCAUGUGGGACGAUUUCAUCUGUAACUGCCCCCCCAACACAGCAGGGCAUCGCUGUGAGGAGGUGAAAUGGUGUGAGCUCUCUCCCUGCCCCGCCACUGCUGUUUGUCAACCCCACUCUCAGGGCUUUGAGUGUUUGUCUAAUGUGACAUUCCGGGUUGAAAGCAGCAUUUUGCACUACGGGAGUAAUGGGAAGAUAAAGCGCAGCCUCAGCAGUGUCUACCUUAGCUUCCGCACAAGACAGUCCGCUGCCACUUUACUUCAUGCACAAAAAGACUCAGACUACCUCACGGUCUCCCUCCUGGACUCUCAUUUGGUCAUGGAGCUCCAGACUGGGGCUGACAAGGAUGCCCCCAAGCUGACAGUUCAAAGCCAGGGUCCAGUCAGUGAUGGAGAGUGGCACACUGUGGAGCUCAGCAUGGAGAACCAGACACUCCAGACCUCCAGGUGGAUUAUGGCUGAGAAUGGAGGCAAGGAUGAGCUAAGCAUGUCCAAAACAGCUGCGGGGGAUCUGGAGUUUCUUAGGGAGGGAGCAGACAUCUUUCUGGGGGGACUGACCCUGGACUCAGAAGUAAAGCUGUCUGGCUGUCUAGGCCUGGUGGAGAUUGGAGGCCUUCUUCUCCCUUUCCACCACGACACAGAGCUGAACCUCCCUAGACCCCAGGAGGAGCAGUUUGCGAGGAUAAACAGCAACGCUGCCCCACAAUACGGCUGCUGGGGAGCCAGUGUGUGUGCACCCAACCCUUGUGAGAACGAGGGUGUGUGUGAAGACCAGUUUGACCUGCAUCACUGCACAUGCCCCUCCGAGUGGACAGGGCCACUGUGUCAAGAGUCAACAGACACCUGUAUUUCCAGCCCCUGCAUAUACGGCAACUGCACCAACUUACCACAGGGAUUCAAGUGUGUGUGUGAGCUGGGUUUCACUGGUGAACAGUGUGAGGUGGAAGUUGAUAUGUGUGAAAACAGCAAUUGCGGCAACGGUGCCACAUGCCUCAAAGGUUUCGAGAACUACGCAUGCCUCUGCCCUCAGAAUCUGACAGGCCAAUAUUGCGAUGACAAAAUUCCUGAAAUCCCAUGGUACAUUGAGACCAAUCCGCUUCCUCAGUUGCCUGUAUCGACAUGCAUGGGUACAAGAAGGAACUACAGCUGCUUUAAUGGAGGGAACUGCUCUGAAGCAGAAAACACCUGUCACUGCCUGCCUGGUUUCACAGGACAGUGGUGUGAGAAGGAUGUGGAUGAAUGUGCCUCGGACCCAUGUAUGAACGGAGGCUUCUGUAUAAACUACGUGAACAGUUUUGAGUGUGUGUGUGAUAUGAAUUACUCAGGGAUACACUGCCAAAUGGACGUCAGCGACUUCUACUUGUACCUCUUCUUGGGCCUGUGGCAGAACCUCUUCCAGCUGGUGUCCUACCUUGUCAUACGCUUAGACGAUGAGCCCGAAAUUGAGUGGAUAUUUCACGUCAAUGAUUAGGCCCCUCGCGGUCUAUUAUGCUCAAACUGGACUGAACUUGGUCUAGAUAGAGCGUCACACUGAAGCACAUUUGAACAAAUGUAGCAGAUAUAGUGCCUAAAAUUGAGGCAAUAUAUUCUCAUUAACCUGCACACAGCACAUCAGCUGGUCUGUGGUGUUUUUUACUGAAGGGAAGAGCCACAACAUCUGGAAUUUAUAUUUGUUAUGUCUUGUUGGCAGAUACAUGUCCACAUAGACAUUAUGAGCAAAUCCAUCUACCUACGUGGUCUCAGUGGAUAAGGGAAGUUCUUCUGUAGCCUGUAAAACUGGAUUAACAUUAAUUUUGCUGUCUAGUAACUUGAUCCCCAUUGCAAAAACAAAGUGAACCAAGCCUUGAUCCAGAACCCAUUCCCAGUCCUUUAUUUAUGUUAGAUUAACCACUUAAUUUCUUUUUAUGAAGUUACACCCACAAAAGUUUUUCUAAUCUCAGCUCUCUACAAAGGAGUAAGUUCCAGACCAAACGAGACAGGGAACAGUUGCAAUAAAUAUACAUUGUUUGAAACUGUAUUUCAUUGUAUUUAGCGUAUUGACGUCAUUAAUAGAAAUGUUUCUGUUGUGACAUUUGUUUGGUAAUGAAUAUUAAACCAUAUUUAUUACAGUAUAUUAAUGCAUUUAUCUGGUUCUCAAACUGAAAACCAUACAUUAGUUUGUACUGUGCCUUAAAUGUUCCACUUCUCUGGAUAUUAAUAAAAUACCUGUCUAGAGCUAGGAAGUUGUGUAUUUACAAAUAUGUACCUAAUAUAAAUUGAUAAAGGCUAUUCUGCAUGCAGUGCAUACAGUACCUGGUCUGUACGAUGAAAACAGAAAAUAAACUGUGAAAUAUUUGCAAA